UCACGAUCUGAGCUUCUCCCCAGACGAUAUCUUCAAGUUAAUCGAUCUAUUCUUUGCCGGUUAUCCGUACAAAGCUCAGACCUUUCGGCGCCGUGAAACAUGGGGUUCGGCGUCGGCCACCGAAACCGAGAUCCUCAACCCCGCGAAUACGAUGCAGAUCUUGUAUGUAAUUGGAACCAAGUGGGCUUGAUUUAUGCGGGGAUAGCUACCUCCGGCUGGUCACCGCGAGAUGAGAUGCAACGGUCCUCUCGCCUCGCUUAAUUUUUUCUAUUUCUUGGCCCUUCUCCUCCUUUGCCAGAGUUUUCACUGACUUUUGCCAAGGGAUAUCCUCAAGAUUUGAGGCGGCUUCAUUAAGAUGGCGGCGCGAAACGACUUUGAUAGCAAUCCCGAGAUGGCUGGUGAUGAGAAGAACUCCCAUUCUCGGCUAGAGAGCACCACGGCAAUUGAUCCAGCUCUUGAGAAGAAGCUGGUGCGCAAGCAAGAUGUUCGCAUCAUUCCCUUGGCUGCGGGUAUCUACUUGCUCUGCUAUCUAGACCGUUCCAACAUUGGUAACGCCAAGGUUCUCAACCAUACGACCGGUCAUGAUCUUCUCACGGAAACAAACAUGACCAACUAUGACUUUACCAUUGCACUCAUGGUAUUCCUCAUUGCAUAUGCUCUCUUCGAAGUUCCGUCCAACUACUUCCUCAAGAAGAUGAAGCCGAGCAGAUGGAUUGCGUUCCUCAUGUUUGCAUGGGGCACUAUCACGAUCUGUCUUGGUGCAGCUCACAGUUAUGCUGUUGUCACGGUUCUGCGAUUCCUUCUGGGUGUCUUUGAGGCCGGCUUGUUCCCUGGUCUAGUAUACUAUCUGACUUUCUGGUACAAGCCUGAAGAGCGCUCGGUUCGAGUUGCAACUAUCUUGGCAUCUGCUACUCUGGCUGGAGCUUUUGGCGGCGCCAUCGCUUAUGGAGUUGGCCAUAUGAACCAGGUACAUGGGCUUUCCGGCUGGCGAUGGCUCUUCAUCCUCGAGGGUAUCCCCUCCGUGAUCUCGUCAGCUUUCGUCUGGUUCGGACUCCCAGAUUUCCCCGAGUCAGCCAGCUGGCUCUCUGCAGAAGAAAAGGACAUUGCAGCAUAUAGACUUUCUGAGCAGGGAUCACAUGGUGACAGCAAAUCCAUGACAUGGGAGGAUGCGAAGUCAACUUUGCUAGAAUGGCGCCUCUGGUGCCAUUACCUGAUCUACUUCGGCAUUUCAGCCCCAUUCUCCAGUCUGUCGCUCUUCACGCCUUCAAUCACAGCCGGCCUCGGUUUUGCGGAUCUUAGAGCCCAGUUGAUGACCGUGCCUCCCUACGCAGCUGCCUACGUCGUUACACUGCUUGUUUCAUGGUUAGCAGACCGACACAAUGCCCGUGCUCUUCACUCUGCUGUAUUCUCCUUGAUAGGUGCUGUCGGCUUCAUUGCCUCUGCAACUCUUCCAGCCGAUUCUUAUAGUCCUCGUUAUGGUUGUCUGAUCGUGGCGGCGUGCGGAUCCUUCGCCUGUAUCCCACCUCUCCUGGGCUGGCUGUCGUCCAACCUUCACUCCACGGCGGCCAUCGGCUUGGCUAUUGCGCUCAACAUUUCCAUGGGAGCUCCUGGUCAAAUUGUUGGUGUCUGGAUCUACAAGGCAAGUGAAGCCAAGAAGGGCUAUCCCACCGGGCACUGGGUAAAUGCCGGUCUACUGUUGUUCGUGAGCGUUGGCUGCCUCGCCAUGCAUGGGUACUAUGUCUGGAGAAACAGACGGGCUGCUGGUACUGACCAGCCUCGCUUCAAGUACUGAUGAAACAGUAGAAUGAGAACUAAGUGUUGGCGGAUGAGAAGAUCAAGACGGAUGGAGCUGUAGGGUUUACGACUUCUAUUUUCAUGAUUCGAUAUAUAGCAAUUGCACGUUGUACAGCCUUUAUAAUCUGAGCGAGAUUCCUCUUGAUAAUACUAUUGCUUUAUACAGAGCUUGAAAAUUUAUUUAAUGAGCUGAGGUCAUGCUGGGACAACUCACUCUCCACGGAAGGGAGUCGUCCUAGAGAGGAACAGACGAUCCAGCCUCUUCCAACAUCUCGGCCAGUCGCAACGAACCUUGAUAGAUCUUCUUUCCUUCUCUGGUCUGUUCGCCUGCAUGUUCUCGGUUCCAGUCCAUGAUGACCGAGACAACCCCUUCCAGUGUCGUGAAAAGUCCUUUGUACCCUAGUCCGCCCUCAGAGAUAGGCUGCCUAGCCUCAGUAUCAGAUGCUACCAAAUGAGUGCAUAUUGUGAUGAGCCCGGGCUGAACUGUUCUGAGAUCACCUUUGACCUCUGGGAGUAUUCCUUUGAGGAAUGGGAGGCGAUGAGGAAGUAGGAUGAACCAUUCGACGAUAUGGGUCAUCAAAAGGAUGAUCAAAGGCGGCACGAUAACAUUUCGAAAGGGGUGAAUAGAUAAGACUUCCACGGCAGUAUAAACGUCUCCGAAAGUGAUUGGUGGACCAACAUCUGUGACCACGAACGGCUUACCAGCUUGGGUGCAAUUUUCUUUCGCUAGUGCAGCUUCAUGAUAUAAAUGCGCGACAGCUACGUUAGCGCCAUGAACGAAAUUCUGUACGAUGUGCGGGACCCAGCUAU